AUGAGCAUGCGUGGAGCUGUGGCCGUCUGCGUGGUGCUGGCCUGCCUUGUGGCGCUGCUGGUUGAGAGGACACAAGGACACAUCACCUUCUUCAGCCCAAAGGAAAUGAUGCUGAUGAAAGAGCGAGAGGGUAGAAAGGACAUGGAGCCUCGGUCGGAGGACGGCCACUUGGAAGACAUUUCUGUCCAACAGCUUCCUCAAGCUGAGCAUGGUGGAAAUCCCGAAAAAACAGUGGAUAUCACCGUGCGUCUUUCCCCCAAACAGCUGGACCAUGUCGCUCCUGUGCUUGAGGAGCUCAUCCAUGAAAUUGUGGACGAGCAACAGAAAGCCAAGUAGCGUGCUGGAGAACAGAAGAAGAAAUGAAUUCAUGAAAGAUGGGCUGCUCUUAUAUUUUCUUGUGUUUCAAGAUAUCGGUCAAUAAAGGGAAAUUAUUGUUUCA